ACAGCGCAAGCUGCGCAAGUUUUCAUGCGCAAUGAAAACUCCCUUGAAUUCACUGGUCGAUUGCGGUGUUCCAUUUAGUUUUUCAGCUGAUCACGCUUUCUACGGGCGCCUAGCAGUCGACGCGUGUGUCAUGUGCGAAACUGUCGCAGCGUAGUAAGACGAGUGCUUGUGUACUGUGUAGUUGCUAGCUUGUGCCAGUGAAAAUGUUUUCAGGACUUACUAACCAGGUCACAUCUUGGAUGGGGGCGGCUAAGGGUGAGCCUCAAGAUGAAGAAGUGCCCACUCCGACUAAAGAUGCGACCGGGGAGACCACGGCGGAGGGUGAAAAACAAAGUCCAACCAAAGGAGGCAGCAAACUAGAUCUCAUCACCAAUGUGAAGUCACAGAUGACAGGAUGGCUAGGAGCAGGCAUCCCCAUCCCGGGUCUUAAGAAAAAUGAGGCAGCUCCAACUGACACCACUGAGCCCGCCCCGGUUGAGCCAGCCGAAGUAGCUGAACCUAAGCCUGAGACAAAAGACGAUGAUGAUAACUCUAGUGCAACUGGAGGGGCGGACAGCGGGCCAGCGUCCGCCGGGGGCACUCCCACUGAGGAACAACCGGGCGGGGUCGGGAACGGUACUCAGAGUAAAAAGUUAUUCAAUGUAGACAACAUCGAAGUGCCAGAUAUGCAAGAGUUGACAACAAAAGCCGUGGCUGGCGCUAAAUCACUUGGUAACUUCCUAUAUUCGGCUGUCAACAAGGCUGGCGCUAAAGUGAGCGAGGCCAGCGCCAAAAUCAAGAAAACAGUUGAGGAAAAUGUGAGUAAUAGAUAAAUAGUUUAAACUUAUUGAAAAAGACACUAUUUUUAGAUAUUUGUUAUUAUUUCAAGGUACAUGAAAUUUUAUUUUGUCGUGUUACAAGUUUUUAUAAUCACGCAAAACGGUAGCUAUAAAAAAUGCUACAAAGAGCUUUUGUUAUACAUUUAAUUAUAAAGUGAAUUCGAAUAACUAACCACUAAAUUAUACAAUUACAUUAAAAACCAAUGCCAACAAUGAACUGAGGUACAUAACUACAAAAUUAGUUGAGAUUUUUGAACAUAUUAAUUAAGCAAUGUCACGCAACAAUUUGAAUUAUAUAUAACUUUGUAAUUUGACACGUUUAGUUUAGGUUAAAUUUUAUAAAUUAUGUCGGCUUAAACCGAAUAGUCCGAGAAAAUCAAUAUUACAAUCAAGAUAUACAGUGCGUUGUACAUACAUUAUUUAUCUCUUAGAAUUGAUACCUACGUGCAAAUUUUUUAGAUUGCUAUUUUGGCAAUAAAUAAGUAAGAUUAAAAGAAAUAAAUAAA